AUGCAGAGCAUGCAAAGAAAGUUUGGUCGAAUGACCACCAAGCGCACAGCUGACGAUAGUCAAGUCGCUGUGCUCUUGAAAGAUUUCGAGGAUGCCGAUAAUCUCUUGACCAAGAUCAUCGAAUCCACCAACGCCUGGCGCGAUGCCUGGGGCUCCAUUGCCACCUUUCAAAGUCGUGUAGCUGACGAGUUCGAUGGCCUAUACGCGCCUAUCGCGAGCUCCUCGGAGACCCCGACCCAAAGACAAUCGUACAAUACACCACCGGCUAUCCUUGCCCGCACCAAUCGAUUGCGCCGCGACUAUGAUGAAUUGCGCACCGACAUGGUGCAAGAGCUUACCGAAGUCGAUUCGAGAAUGAUCCGCCCUGCGACCUCGGCAAAAGACUACCUCGUUCCAGUGAAGAAGACUAUUAAAAAGCGGAAUGAUAAAAAGACCGACUUCGAACGUUAUCAGAGCAAGGUCGAUUCCCUCAUUCAUAAAACAAAGCGAACGGAACGGGACAAUGCCAACCUCGCAAAAGCAGAGGCCGAUAUGGCGACUGCUAAAGAUAUCUAUCGCAUGGCAGAUGAAGAUCUCUGCCAACGACUACCAACCCUGGUCUCCCUUCUCUUCUCUUUAGUCCCAUUUCUCAUCGACGCCCAGAUCGAGAUUCAACACCGCAUGCUAGCACUCUAUUACACCGUUCUCCACGCCUACUGCGAACAAGAAGGCUUCCCCUCCCCACCCCCGCCCAUGGACCACAUCGUCCAAGACUGGGAAAUAGCCCACAAGCCUCCCCAAGGCGACGUGGAAAGUCUCGCCAUCAUAGCCCACGGCAAAUCCAUCCGCCAAUCUAAUGAAACCGAAGAAGGACGAGGCAAACGGCCCUCCUUCGGCGGCCGAAGCUUCACAGGCCUCUCCGUCUCUUCAAAAGCCAGUAUCAGCAACCUCCGCGGCCGCAGCAAGUCCCCCGCCCCACCAAUGCCACCAAACAUAUCCAACAAGCCCAAACCCUACGGCUACGAGAACUCCCGCCCCGUUUCCCCCUCCUCGUCCGUCGCAACCUUCACCCCAAGUCUCUCCGCCGUGUCGGCCGUCAGCUCCGCAAGCACAGCUCUUACAUCGGGCAGUGGCUACUUCACCCCACCAGCAGUGCCCUCGGAGCCAUUGCCCGUGCCCAGCCACUCGUACAAGCGCUCCCCCAGCCCCAUGCCCGCUAAACCGCCGAAGCCGACGGGAAUCCAGUUCGCACCGGCCGGUCCCAAGAUCGAUCAUCAUCAGGCAUUUGUUUCGCCUUUGCCUGCGGUUGCGGAUCCAUUGGCUAGUCUGGCAGGAAAGAAGAAGCGGCCUCCACCUCCGCCACCGGCCAGGCCGGCGAAGCCACCGCGUCCCACUACAACAUUCAUGACGGCGUUGUAUGACUUUGGGGGUCAGGGACCGGAUGAUUUGGCUUUCCGAGAGGGAGAUCGGAUUAAGCUUGUGAGGAAGACGGGUAGUACUGAUGAUUGGUGGGAAGGUGAUUUAAAUGGCGUUCAAGGGUUUUUCCCAGCAAACUAUGUCAAGUGA